AUGCCGCUGCGCGCCGAGUCUCGCUCCGCGCAUGUGUCCGACGGCGCAUCCGUCCACGUCACCAGGCCGCACCGCGCCAUGCUCUCCUUCCUCUCUGGAUCUACCGCCGUCGCGACCGCCACAGGCCGCAGCGCAGGCCGCAGCCGGCAGAAGAAGCUAGGUAUAGGCGUGACAGGCGCCGUAAAUUGCGGAGAGGAGGGAUUGGAACUCGUUCCCCCACAUGGCAGCAGCGCCGGUGCUGGUAACCCGAUUUCCCACUCCUCCUGGCACUUAGCUAGAAGGGAUCCUGGCCUAGGAGCUGGGUUAAGUGCCAGUGGCGGCAGCGGGUUUAGUCUAAGCGGCGGGAGUAGUUUCCACAGAAGCGUUGGGUUAGGGGUAGCAGGAGGGGGAGGGGGAGGAGGAGGCGGAGGAGGUGGGGGAGGAAUUGGUAUAGGUAUUGGUGGUGGUGGUGUUGGUGGUGGUGGGAGCGGAGGAGGGGCGAUGGGGGACGGGAGAGGCGGCGGUGGUAGCAGCAGCAGUGCUUGGCCGAUUGGGUGCCCUCUGCCUCUCACGACUGACCUGCCUAACAAGACUCGUCUGGUGGACUCCCCACAGCCGUUUCAGCUGCGAGUCAAGCUGCUCGUCUCUUCCCGCAACGACCUAGCUUCCGUGUCUCGCACGCUCGCAUCACUUGCAGCUGUUGAUUAUGACGGAGAUAUUGUUCGCCUGCAUGACGGGGAGAGUGCUGCUGCAGAAGUGGCAGUGCGGUUGGCGAGGGCGAGGGCAGUGUUGGAGUAUGUGGAUGCCUUCCCAUGGCCGCAUGGGCCCAAGGACGUGCACUACAGGUCAGUGAGUGCAGGCGCACAGGCGCAGUGGGUGGAGGCGUGGUGGCCGGCAUCGGACCACGAGUUUGCUCUGCUGCUCACCGACCGUGCGUUGGUGUCACGGCAUCUGUACCGCUACCUGAGAGCGCUCGUCACGGCCGUGUAUUUCCACCCGGAUACUUCGGACCCUGCUGUGCUCGGCAUGGCCCUCUCCCGCCCCGCCACCGUUGCCGGCAAGAGAGGCAACCAGGCGCUACUCACCAACACCACGGGUCUCUUCCUCUACCGCGCCACAGACCCUCUCGCCCAGCUGCUCUUCCCGCGGCCCUGGAAGGCCUUUCGCCGCUGGUACGACCAGCAGAGCGCCACAGGCGGGUCAGCAGCAGUCGAAGGCCUGGUUGCUGCGGCCGAUGCGCCGUGGCAACGGCGGCAGCAGCGGUGGUGGGAGCAGCGGUGGGAGCAGCAGGGGCAGCGGGGGCAGCCGGGGCAGCGGUGGGAGUGGCGGCGUGGGGGAGAUGAUGUGGUGUGGACCCCGUGGGAGUGGGUGAUGCGGUUUAUGCAUGCAGGGGCGUAUGUCAACCUCUUUCGGGUGUUUCCCCGGGGAGGCACGCUGGCGGUUUCGCAUGAAGACAUGGAUUCGCCAUACACAGGAACAGCAGGCAUGGUAUCGGAACUCGUGAGCGACGAGGCAAUGGCGCAGGGAGGAGGAGGAGGAGGAGCAGGAGAAGGAGGUGGUGGGGGAGGGGGCGGAGGAGGGGAAGAAGCAAUGGCAGCGGCAGCCUCGGAUGACACAUGGUCCUUCCCACCGCUCCGGAAGCUGCGUCGCUUCGACCCCUGCUUCCAGGAGUUCUCCUCCUCUCGCCUCGCUCGCAGCCCAGAGGACAUAGCCCCUCUGCUGGCCUCAGUUCACCGCCGUUCCACCAUCGUCCUCGUCAACGCGCUCCACUCCUCCGCACCCUCUCCCACCACAUUCCACUCCUCGCCUUCCUCAACUGCUCCCAGUUCUUCGGUCCCUUCGGUCACUCCACCCGCUUCCCUUGAUUCCUCCGCUUCCCCCGCUACUUCUCCUUCCUCUCCCGCACUCUCUUCCUCUUCCUCCGAAGCUUCGUCUCAUCCUCCUCUUGAUCCCUCAUCUGCAUUAUCAUUAUCACCUGCUUCCUCAUCCACCUCAUUCGCGCUAGACUCCCCUGGUCUCGACCCACUACUGGCGAACUGGCUGUGCCGUGCUGCUCGCCUGCAAGUGUCCAACUACGUGGUUCUGCUGGAUGAUGGGCCGCUGGGGGUGCACCUCACGCGGCAAGGCCAUGCCGUCAUGCAGCUGCAGCAAAUCCAGGAGGCAGCGGAUGAGAGAGAGUCAGCAGUCAUGCUAGAGGGCAGGGGGCGAGCCCCUUCACGCAAGGUGGUGGCCGAGGAGAAGGGGCAGGCAGGGUUGGGUGAGGAGGGGGACAGACCUGUUCGGCUUGCUUCUACCGGAGGAGCUGGUGUCGGUGUUUCCGCGAUUGAAGCAGAACGCUCGACUGUUGCUGCUGCUGCGUUUGCUGCUGGUGCGGAUUUGCCUGGUGUUCCCCCAUUGGGCGAGGGUGUUGGUACGGCACGGGGGGAAGCAGCAGGUGUGGAUCUGAUUGCGGCUUCUGCUGCUGCUGCUGCUGAUGGUGGUGAUGGUGGUGGUGAUGGUGAUGGUGACGGUAGUACAGCUGGAAACGGAGAAGAAAAUGGGGACGGAUUGACAGGGGAGGAGUAUGGGGAUGAUUUGGCAGUGUGGGAGGCGGCAGGUCAGGCAUUGGAGCGGCAGAAGCUGUGGCUAGAUGGCGUGCAUUCCGCCAUACAGCUAGGGUAUCACGUUGUGCUUGCUGAUCCGCGCUCUGUGUGGCUCUCUGAUGUCUCUGCUUCUCUCGCUGAUGCUGCUGCCGCUGCUGGUGCUGGUGCUGGUGCUGCUGACGGUGCAGGGCCGAAGGGUGAAGAGGCGGAUGUUGUGGGAAUGGUAGUUGUAAGAGAGGCAGAGGACGGAGGAGCAGAGACAGGAAUAGGAGAUGGGAGUGAAGGAAGAGCAGGUGGGGAUGCGGUAUCAGGACCUGCAGGCAAAAAAGCGGUGGUUGAUGUGGAGAAAGGUGAAACGAGGCUGAAGGGAGUAGAGGGGGUAAAGGGAGAGAAGGGGGUGGAGGGACCAGAGGGAAUGGAGGAGGUAAGUGAAAGAGGGGUGGUAGAGGUGAGGAACGCAGGCAGUGUGGGAGGCAGGAAGCGGGUGGAUGCAGGUCAAUCUGAGAGGGAGGAAAAUGGAGAGGGGCGGGGAUUAGAGGGCAGCGGAGAGGAGAACGAAGAGGCACGCAUGCUGCUGCUGUGA